AUGCCUGUCCGCCUUGGACGCUAUGGCGACCUUCCUACAAUAACCUCGAUCCUGGCUGCGGGGUUCCACGACGAAGAGGUGAUCGGUGGCUUACUCCGCCCAUACCGCGAUCAAUAUCCACAAGAUUACGUUGCUGGCUGGAGGCGUCGCUGUAGGGAGCGGUACUGGGAUCUUUCCAGGGUGUUUUUAGUGAGCUUCGAGACGGAACAGGCGUCGGGCAAGGAGGUUAUUACAGGGGCUGCAGAAUGGCGGCGUGCAGGCUUGGGCUGGGAGAAGGUAUGGGGCCUCUGGGGCUGGUGGGAUCCAAGACGUCUUAUUCGACCGCUCGUUGUCUUCUUCAACGCUCUCGCUAAUUUCGUGUUUCCCGACCGCACUAUCGCCAGGCCUCCGCAGCUGACGCCGUCUCGCUUCAACGCCGCCAUCAAGUCCUAUGUUUCCCACUACUACUCCUAUCCAGAAUCGCGUCGGAAUGCCUGGUCGCUUGUUUGUCUCGCCGUGCAUCCGGAAUACCAAAAUCGCGGUCAUGGGCGAGAACUGGCGACGUGGGGGGUUGAGCGUGCCAGAGAAGAACGCGUUAUGGCGAAUGUCAUGGCCGCAGCGGGCAAGGAGCGGUUCUAUCAGCGAUGCGGGUUUACGGACUUGGUAGGAUGGGCCACGGACGGCGAAGGCAAUCCCUUGAAGGAGCAUGGAGUACGAGGCGGUGCCAUUCUGUUCACGCCGCCUGUCGAAAUUCCAGACAAUAGUCAGUAA